AUGUCUCUGCCAGCUGCUGAAGUGGCUGCCGACUUUCGGGAUGCCUUGCAAGAUUUGAGGAUGAACAGCAGACCUGAGAUUAGCAAUCUAACCCUCAUCGCCAAGGAAAACACAGAAUACGCGGAAGCUAUAUCCAAUGAGCUUCAGAAGCAUAUCCAAUCGACACGCCCUGAAUGGAAACUCCCAGCCCUCUAUGUUCUUGAUUCGAUUGUCAAGAAUGUCGGCACCCCAUACACUGUCUACAUCGGUCGCAACCUUUAUAGAACCUUCAUGGACGCCUAUCUCGUCAUGGACCAGAACACUCGCAAGAACAUGGAAGGCCUUUUGAAGACGUGGAAGAUGCCUGUGCCCGAGUCCAUGGACCCACGUCCUGUAUUCCAGGCCGACGUGACGCAGGAUAUUGAGAAUGCACUGGCUAAGUUCCGCGCAGCUCAGCAGCAGAUUCGACCACAGCACGCGCUUCCACCUCGUCCUCCGUCGCUCAACGUCGCUUGGAGAGGUACGUCAACGCCGCCUCAAACUGGCCCGCGUUAUGCUGCUCCUAACGACCCACGUGCUCGACCAACACAACCUCCGACUCCUCAGUAUGGGCCACCAUCUCACACAGCCACACCACCUACAUACCAACAGCCUCAGCAACACGCUCAGCCCAUGUCAUCGGUUGACCUUGCUGACUUGAAGGUGGAAGUAACUCAGCUCAUCAGUGCAACACAGAACAUGUUCGCACACAACCCAGCUGAUGCUGCUCUACGCACAAAGUUGUCAGCACUGUUGUCCUUGAAGCAAAUCCUAGAUACACAGACAUUACCUCCUCAGCAAUUAGAGGCUGUACGCCAACAAGUUCGAGCAUUGGCACCUCCACCAGCGCCAACACCGACAUUUGCUCCUUCUACGCCAGUAUAUCCGCCACAACAAGCAAUGCCUCCAGGUUAUCCGCCCAACUUUUCUCCGAUGGGUGCACCUCCGAGCAGUGCUUCACCAAACGUCGCGCAACUUCUUGCAGGCUUCCGACCACCGCAGCAAUCAACCCCGCAACCUGCCUCAACUCCUAAUACACCCGCUUUGAAUUUGGCGGAACUACUCAAACGCGUAUCUUCCCCAGCACAAUCGAACUCAGUACCCGCCCCAGCUCCGUUUCAAAUGCCCUUCCAAGGCUUCCCACCACCAGUCUCGACUCCAGUGCCAGCACCUCAGGCUCCCCCACCGACCCAAUCCGCGACGCCCACUGCCAACCUUGCGGCAUUGCUUGCACAAUUCAGCAAACCUGGUGCGGCACCACCCUCAAUGCCACCCACGCCCGUACAAAGUACCCCCCUUCCUCAAUUACCACCUCAACCCCCAGCUGCUGCCCCUGCUCUAGGGUCAGCCGAAUGGCUCCUAAAAGCUUUAAGUGGUGUGCCUGGUGGCAUGCCUGCGAACUCAACUCCAGUUGCGUCUCAGCCGACCACGCAACAGGCACCAGCGCCUAUUAGUUUGACGGACCAGAUCGAGCUUACCACUGCGUCGAUGAAGAAACCUCGUCUACAUCUCAUAUCACGCCUCUACGAAGCCAAGCCCAACAUCUGCGCCACAUGUGGCCGUCGCUUUGAGAGCACACCCGAAGGCAAAGAGAAAAAGGCACGUCACAUGGACUGGCACUUCAAGGUCAAGGAUCCUGAUGCUGGUAAGCGAGGUGUACACCGCAGUUGGUAUAUUCCUGAGAAGGAAUGGAUCGAGUACCGUGAAGUCGAUGAGACUUCUCCGAACCACUCCAACGAUGCCUCUUCCGGUAACGGUGCCGCUAAACCAAAGAAGCAGGCCAAAGAUCGGUAUGUGAGCGUACCACAAGACGUCACACUACAGCAGGCGCCAUGCCCCAUUUGUCAGGACAAGUUCGAGACGCAGUGGAACGUAGAGGCCAAUGACUUUGUAUGGAUGGAUGCUGUGAGUGUAGGUGGUAAAAUAUACCAUGCUACUUGUUUUGAGGAGGUAUAUGGCAAGGGUGUUGGUAUAGAGACACCAGGCACACCGGAUUCAGUUCUCGGAAAGAGAAAGGCUGACAUUGGCGCCAAUGGCGACGGAAAGAAGGUUAGGGCCUAUUGA